AUGAAACCCUCUCUUAGAAAGAGUAUAACUCCCACUAAUACAAGAAGUGAAGCUUCUCAGCAAUUAAAAUCAAGCUUGGUUGCAAUAAACUAUCUUAGCAUUACUAUUGACCUGUCAAGUAUUAUUUUUUCAAGUGGCUACACACCAUCUAGGCUUGACAUUUUAAAUAAAGGUUUUCUUUUGUUGUAUUAUACCGAUCCUUAUACUGCUACUAUGGCAGCAUGGUUCUUUGAAAUUCAAGGAAUUCCGGCUGCCACAAUUUCAGGGUGGUCACUUAUUCGCAUAUGCGGUCCUAUUACUUUAGAUGAAGUUACCGAAAUUAUAUCAUUCAAACCUUUUGCAAUAACUUUUUUCAAUUAUAAAGUUAAGUAUUCAUGGAUUGCUGUUCACGGAAUUCACACGAAGCAACUAUUGUUCAAAUAUAUUAGGAACCAAAACUGGAAUAUUGUUGAAGCACUUCACAACCGGAAUUUUCAAGAUGUUGUUGAAGUGUUGGAAAUAUUUAAUAAAGAAGAGAUUCCAAAUUGCUGUAAUAAAUUGGAGUAUAUGCUCGUAAGCCUACUUGAAAAAAAAAAUUAUAAUAUAGAAAAUUCUGAUCAAUACAGGCUACACCAAAAAUUAAUUUUAUUAUCUAGAUGUUCUAGAUUGACAAACGAAAUUUAUUUAAAUGGAACAGAUAAGAAAAAUACUUGUGGAAGUAUUCAGUCUCCACUAAAAAGAGAUUUAAUGCUUGCAAUUAGAAAAUACCUAUAUAGUAUUCCAAUUUUUACAGAAGCAUGUAUAUCUAAAAGCUCUCUAAAAUCGUUAAAGACGGAAGAAUGGUACUUAGGGUUUGACGAAAAAUCCAUAUAUAGAAAGGAAAAUGGAGGUUUUAAAGAUUGCCUACAAACAAACGGCAAUUAUAAGGUGCAAAACAAUUCUUCUUUGAAUAGAAACAAACUGUUAGAACAUAUUUUAAAGGUUAUAUUAAUUGAAAUAAUUAGUCAAUUCAAAAUAAAACACAAUAAUAAUAAAUACCCGAAUAUAAUUGAAAUAAGUGAAUUAUGGAGAGUUAGGUUUGGAAUAGACGUUGACAUUAUUCAAUUAUUUAAAAUAGCAGGACUUAAUGAGGACAUUAAAAAUAUUAUUGAAGCUACUAACAACAAAAUACCAAAUAUUAGUUGCUGCAAUUGUAAAAAACUAAAUGCCGAUUCAAAUUCAGAAAAAACGACUUAUCCAAAAUCUUAG